AUGGAGCAUCAUUUUUUUAGAGCGUAUUUGGACUUGAGUCAGAGAAAAAAUCCCUGGGAUGCUUCACUGCUCCGGCGCGCAGUGCUGAGACCAUCUGUCCAUCUCAACUCUCAGCCAAAUCUGUCAACUGCACUCUGCCUGAAUCACAUGGAAGUGAGGACUCUUGAUAAAAGACUCUUUAUUUCCUGUAUGUUUAAGCGUCACUUCAUUAAUGCGCACAGACCCGACCCGCACCCCCCCUCUCGAAAAUCAGCUCAGCUGCGGUCAACUUUCUCAUAACAAGGGCGUCUAGAUUACAGAUAGAUUGGAGAUUAAGAUCAGCUGAUCUGUGGAGUUGGAUCCUCUGUGAGGUGGAUUCUUGUCUCGGCGGCGUCGGAUACUCCCCACUAAGUGACACAACGUGGGCGGCGCGCUGAGGAGACGAUCUGCAGCACCGCAGCUGCUCCACGCAGGACUCAGGGGCUGGAUGUGAAACGGAUGCGACGUGACAGCGCGGCUCGGGGUAACCUGCGGAGCGACCCACGCAUUGAGAAGGACUUUGGGGUUAAUCCUGUCCACAGAGCGUUUUAUAAUCUAUGGUGUGCGUUUAAGUGGACCCUGGUUCCGUGCGGGGAGGCGGACAAGGUUUGAAGCAGCAAUUUUAGGGGGACAGUUCAUCACCUGACCGGUUGUGAAAUUCCUGCGCUGCUGAGGACGGAACAUGAUGUGGAUAAGGGGGGGAAUCAUCAUGUAGCAUCGGCGCGGAGCGUUUGGAGACCUGGGUUUGGUUUGUCGGGCUGCGCGCAAAUUCCUGUGACAUCUCCAAGCACGACGCAUCUGUGGCACUGGGGAAAUUCGUAUCUGGUCGCCACUUUUUCCUUGGGAAAAUAAAACUCACAAGAGUGCAGAAAGGCGGAUCAACACCAAAUCUCCAUCAAGUCUUAAACAAGACAUUUAUGGACUUCUGGAAAUGAUGUGAAAAAGUCUGGAGAUGCGCCUCAAAUGCUUUUAUCUGCUCCAGGUGUGCGCCGUCCUGAGCCUGCUGCCGUCGGCCUCUUUGGCGGAUCUGACAUGCGAAGCUCUGCUCAUGCUGUCAGGGAACGUCUCAUUGCAGUCCCUGGUCGCCACCUGGAACCAAACUCUGAGCAACGCCACGAGUCAGUGGAGCGGUUCGGGAAUCUACUGCGACACCUCCAUCGAUGGCAUCGGCACCUGCUGGCCGAGGAGCGGCGCGGGCCAGAUGGUCUCACGGCCCUGUCCCGAGAUGUUUUACGGCGUCAGAUACAACACCACAAAUAAUGUUUAUAGGAAAUGUCUGGCGAAUGGCACCUGGGCGCUGAAGGGAAACUACUCCAUGUGUAAGGCCAUCCUUCACGAGGAGAAAAAAAGCAAGAUGCACUACCAGAUCGCUGUGAUCAUAAACUUCCUGGGUCACUGCAUCUCCAUGGUGGCGCUGCUCAUCGCCUUCUUCCUCUUCCUGUGCUUGAGGAGUAUCCGCUGUUUGAGGAACAUCAUCCACUGGAACUUAAUCACCGCCUUCAUAUUGAGGAACGCCACAUGGUUCAUCGUUCAGUUGACCAUGAGCCCCGAGGUGCACGAAAGCAACGUGAUCUGGUGUCGCCUGGUAACUGCCUCCUUUAACUAUUUCCACUCAACCAACUUCUUCUGGAUGUUUGGAGAAGGCUGCUAUCUCCACACCGCCAUCGUCCUCACAUACUCCACCGACAAGCUCCGCAAGUGGAUGUUCAUCUGCAUUGGCUGGUGUAUACCCUUCCCGAUUAUAGUGGCGUGGGCCAUCGGGAAGCUCUACUACGACAAUGAAAAGUGCUGGUUUGGGAAGCGAGCUGGUGUGUACACCGACUACAUCUACCAAGGUCCCAUGAUCCUCGUGUUGGUGAUCAACUUUAUUUUCCUCUUCAACAUCGUGAGAAUCCUGAUGACCAAACUGCGAGCCUCCACAACCUCCGAGACAAUCCAGUACAGGAAAGCAGUGAAGGCCACUCUGGUCCUUCUGCCUCUGCUGGGAAUCACAUACAUGCUGUUUUUUGUCAACCCCGGGGAAGACGAGAUCUCUCAAAUUGUCUUCAUCUACUUCAACUCGUUUUUGGAGUCCUUCCAGGGCUUCUUCGUCUCAGUGUUUUACUGCUUCCUAAACAGUGAGGUCCGCUCAGCUGUGAGAAAGAGGUUCCACCGAUGGCAGGAGCAGCACUCCAUCCGCGCCCGGAUGACCCAGGCCAUGUCCAUCCCCACCUCACCUUCACGGGUCAGCUUUCACAGCAUCAAGCAGUCCACAUCGCUCUGAAAGAGGAAACCCGCUUUGUCCCGACGUGGAGCUAUGGGAGCAACCUCCGGCUGUCGUUGUCAUCAUUUUGUGCCGCUUCUCUGGACUACACUAAAACGCUCUUUGAGCUGGACAAAGCGACCGAGCAGGAAACAGACUGCAUCAGUCUCCUAAACCUCUGGAGAGACGCGACAGGGACUUUCUGGAGAAAUAAAUGUGGACUGAAGGAGGAUGUUGCAGAUGUCCUGAUAUGAGAGGUUUGUGGAUCAAAAGAUGCUCGUGACCAAGCUGCUUUGUGUGACCUGGAGUGUCAGGGUGAAUGUACAGAACUCUGUGUAGUUCAGUGUUUGACAGUGAUUUUUUUUUCUUGAACACUUUCUCGUCUUCAUCAUUUGUGGCUCUGGACUGAGCUGGAAUCCCUCCUUCUGGACGGCACUCUCAGGCCGAGUCGUUAGGUGUUGAAAUUUUCAUGACACUUUUAAGUUAUUAUCACUCUUUGGUUUGGUCCUGUUGUUUUCUAUUUUGAUGCCCUGGUGUUCUGAGUUUGGUGCCGUUGUGUGAUUCCCACCAGUUUUCCGGGAAAGUUUGAACACAUUCCAUACAUAAUGACGCCUCCGUGAUAACAGGUAUCCAAAAGUCGAGUCAUCUCAAUUUGAAAAACAUCAUCUUUGACUGCAAAACUCUCAGGGCGUGACGUAUUUUCAGUGGGUGUCCGGAUUAAAUGACCUUUUAAAUACUUAUGGUGAUUGCAGAACCCUCAUUAGAGUUCUGAUAAAUACAAUUUUUACAAACUCUUGAGCAAGACAAGCUGUUACCCAUUGAUCAAAGCUCUUUUGGUGAGGCUUAUCUGGCCUUGGGACUAAAUCCAAGCCCACAGAGCGUUGGCAGCACCGGCCCUGCAAUGGCAGGAAGUCUGCACAGAUUUGUGUGGAUUUGGACCCGUUUGGACACAGAGUGGCCAAAUUCCAUCCAGCUGGGAACCAUAUGAUCUGAAUUUACAUAAGACACUUCACCUGGACCCACGCUGGUUCUCAUUCAAACCGUCUUGAACCACAUUGUUAUUGGUCAGUUGUACAGCAGUUUUUCAAGAAUGUGAAGCUGUAUCCUUUAUAAACCACAGAGCUGCGUCAACGCCAUCCACUGGUUUUCUAAUGACAUAAGAUCUUCUUUUGUCCAAACGGGAUUUUGAUGAUUAAAAGAAGAUCUUAACCCAG